UCACCCGGUGUCGAGAUCAUUUUUCGACAAUGGCUCGUCUAAUCCUCAUCGCUGCUUUCUCGCUCAUCGUCUCCGUGAUUAUUCCAUCCGGUCAGGCUUGCGGUGGUUAUGAAGAACUGAAUUGGAAAAUGGGGAAUGAUCCCUAUUGCUCUAAUCCAAGGGAGAGAACAGGAUGGACCUGGCUCUUCAAAAUAAAUUGCAACUGCUGUCCGGGAUUUGUCCGAGACGGCAUACCUGGUGAAACCGACGGAUCUUGUGUACCGAUAUGCUACCCCAAAUGUGCAGAAAGGGAUCCAAACACCAAGUGCACACCUGAACAAAUAAAGAAGAUGGAGAACUGGGAAAAUCCUGGCUCCAAGGAGAUGUCAUGUCCCGCCGAUCAUGACACAGCAUAACCGAAUUAUCGUCAUCGGGGGUUGAGACUCUCAUCUUUCAUACCUGUAACUUGACAAUGACUAUCGAUUAUUGUAUUAUUUUUUAUAUCUUUAUGAAUUUGUAUUAGUAAUGUGACGCAAUAAAAUCCAUGACAGAA